ACCACUUCGAUGAACUGCCUGAAAAGGUACGAUCCAAUGUGGGUCACACUCCGAGUGGACUUGUCGACUAUAUAGCUGGCAUGUUCCCUCUUCUGCUGGUGCAUGUGUGGGAGGCAGCAAGAAUCCGUCGGACAAAAACACACCUAUCGAAGUUCUACACUGCCGUGGAUGCUAUCAUCAGGGUGGAGCCAAACACUAUCAUCCUUCCGGCCGGAGUCGGCCUCAUCGAGCUGACGGAGCUGCGGAGCUCACGGGAGACUGUAAAACGCCUGUCAGUCUCCGCCGCCGACCUCCCGCGACUGAGGGGGCAGCUGCCGGAGGGCCUCAAGCGCCUCAAUAUCAGAGGGCCGGAGGUGACGGAGCCGAGGUGGCCGAGAGAGUCCCGUAGGGAUUGUCUGUCAGUGUCGCUCCAGGGGGUGGCUGCCGACACCAUCAGUCACCUGGCUGACCUGGGACGGACGGUCACAGUACUGGAGAUAUACGAUUGUACUGAUCUUACGGCCGGCAGCCUGGAGCCCCUCACCAGGUGCCGUGGGCUGCGAUGCCUAUCAGUCACCGCCACCGACCUCCCGCUACUGAGGGGGCAGCUGCCAGAGGACCUCUGGUACCUCAAUGUCAGAGCUCGCUGA